CCUUCAUUGGCAUGCAAGCGGAGGCGCAAAUUGCAACUCUUCUCUCUCUCUCUCUCUCUCUCUUUCCUUGUUUCUGUUUUCUGGUUCAUGAAUUGGCAUUUGCGUGUGGAUUCUGAAACCUGCUCCUGCUUUUGAUCUGUUUGCAAAAUAAUACUCUUUUUCGGAUAAAAAAGGACACACAAAAGAGAAUCCGCCAUGGAAACAGCUCUUGGAGCUUGCAGUGUUACAUCGCUUCGAUUACUUAAUACCCAGACCCGGUUCUCAAAACCCAUCUUCACUUCCCUCUCGAAUCCAAGAUCCAUUUCUCAAAUUCCCCAAAUCUUCAAACCCUCGUCAAAAUCCAAGCUUUCCACAGCCUCUGUAUCAUCUUCGUCAUCAACAACUCUCCCGACGGAUUCAUCGGUUUCUCCAUCGGAACCGGAGAUCCAAACCGAUUCCGGGACGGAGAAGUUCGAUUGGUACGCGAAUUGGUACCCGAUCAUGCCGGUCUGCGAUCUGGACAAGAGGGUUCCACAUGCGAAGACAGUUAUGGGGCUUGAUUUGGUCGUUUGGUGGGACAGGAACGAGAAGCAAUGGAAGGUGAUGGAUGACACGUGUCCCCACCGGCUUGCUCCGUUGUCUGACGGGAGGAUUGAUCAAUGGGGGAGGUUGCAAUGUGUGUACCAUGGAUGGUGCUUCAAUGGCUCCGGUGACUGCAAGUUCAUUCCUCAGGCACCAACUGAUGGACCUCCGGUACAUACUUUCAAGCAAGCUUGUGUGGCUGUUUAUCCGAGCAUGGUGCAGCAUGACAUGAUUUGGUUUUGGCCAAACACGGACCCGGGAUACAUGAAUAUCAUCGAAAAGAAGAAGCCCCCUUACAUACCAGAGUUGGAGGAUCCCUCAUUCGCUAAGCCGAUUGCUAGUAGAGAUAUCCCUUACGGGUACGAUGUCUUGAUCGAAAACCUCAUGGACCCGGCUCAUGUUCCUUAUGCACAUUAUGGACUAAUGCGGAUUCCUAAACCAAAAGAGAAAGUCGAUAGGGAAGGGGGCAAACCGCUCGAAAUAAAUGUCAAGAAAAUAGACAAGAACGGUUAUUUUGCCAGACAAGAAUGGGGUUAUGCAAAUUUUAUCGCACCAUGCGUUUAUCGCGCUUCCACCGACCCAUUACCCGAGCAAGAAGGAGAGUCCGUGACACCGAUUGCAUCCGACAAGGCAACGCCACCAAAACGCAGAGUGUCUUUGAUCUUCAUAUGCAUUCCCGUCAGCCCAGGUCGCAGUAGGAUAAUAUGGACAUUCCCGAGAAAUUUCGGGUUAAUCAUCGACAAGAUUGUUCCGAGAUGGGUUUUCCAUAUCGGACAGAACAAGAUCCUCGACUCGGAUUUACACCUUCUCCACGUCGAGGAGCGGAAGAUACUGGAGAGAGGUCCUGAAAACUGGCAAAAAGCGUGUUUUGUUCCGACAAAAUCCGACGCACUUGUUGUUGCAUUCAGGAGAUGGUUCAACAAGUACGGCGGAGCUCAAGUUGAUUGGAGAGGACGGUUCGAUCCCUCUGUUCUUCCCCCGACGCCUCCCCGAGAACAGCUCUUUGACAGGUACUGGUCGCACGUCGUGAACUGCAGCAGCUGCAGUGCAGCGUACAAGCGUCUGAACGCGGUGGAGGUGAUCUUGCAGGUCGCGUCCGUUGCUCUCAUCGGAAUCGUGGCCGCGACCGCUAAUCGAACCGCCUUGUCGGCCGCCGCGAGAACCGCUCUCGUGGUGGCCGCGGUUUUAUGCUUCGCGGUUUCAAAGUGGUUGUCACACUUCAUCUACAAGACGUUCCGCUACCAUGACUAUAACCAUGCUCUUGUUUGAGUUUCUAUACACACACACAUAUAUGUAUAUGUGCAUAUGUACGAUGGUGGUGGACCUAUGACAUACAAGGCUCAUAUUCAAUCAUGCAUGCUCAUGAUGUAUAUAAGAGGUGUAUAUUACAAUGUGAGUUGUCCAUUUAAAUGGUGCAAAUUCAUAUAUAUAUAUAUAUAUUUA